AUAGAGGUUGUUAAGACUUUAAGCUUAUCAAGAAGAGAUAUUGGAAGUUUUACAAAUAGUUGAGUGAAGUAUUCAGACAAUUUCUGAUACAAUAAUGGAAAUAUGGAAUUUUCCGGCGUGUUCCUUCUUCUCCGACCACCAUACACAUACAAUUAUGCCCUCGUUGCUUUCAGGUCGGAUACUCCAUUUUCCCAAGCUCUCUGCAACUUCUUCUUCUGAAUCAUAUUCCAGUAAACAAGUGAAAUUUCCAAAGAAAAUCAGCCAAAAUCCUGCAACUUCUGUUCGCCCUGCAGAUUCUGGCAGUCCCCUAAGGAAAACCCACAAGUUGAAUUUGGAAGUUUCUCCUCAUAGAGCUGUGUCUGCGGUUAGAUUGAUGCGUAUAGAGUUUGGUGGUGCAUUUGCUGAUCUUCUGAACGAGCAAGGGAAGGGUUCAGGGGAUAAUGAAAUGGGAUAUGUUGAAAGAACUCUUGGGUUUCGUACUCGUGACUUAGACGACAGAGAUUUAAGACUGGUCACAGAGGUUGUUGGAGGUACCAUUCGCUGGAGAAGAUAUCUUGAUCACUUGAUUCUUUCAUUAUGCCACGAUGAGCGGACAUUCAGAAGCAUGGAACCUCUUCUAGUACAGAUUCUUCGAAUUGGUUUCUAUGAGAUCACCAAGUUAGACAUGCCACCUUAUGCUGUUGUAGAUGAGAGUGUAAGGCUCGCAAAAGUUGCUCUUAGACCAGGUGCCGGUAACUUGGUUAAUGGGAUUCUCAGGAAACUAGCAGUCCUUAAGGAGAGUGAUUCCCUUCCGGCAGUGGAAGUGGAUGGUGAUGAUCGUCAGCAAGCACGUGGUCUUGCAACUCUUUACUCUCAUCCAGUUUGGAUGGUAAGAAGAUGGACAAAGUAUUUUGGACAAGACACAGCUAUUAAGCUUAUGACAUGGAAUAACAGCUAUCCCAGUUUUAGUCUAAGGGCAAAUACUGGGAAAGGUUUGACAGGGGCUGAUCUCGUCUCAAGGCUUAAAAUGUUGAAGGUCCCACAUGAGCCUUCUCUAUACUUGGAUGAUUUUGUACGUCUAAAAACUGGAAUGCAGAAUGUUAUACAGGCUGGAUUACUAAAAGAAGGCUUCUGUGCAGUCCAGGAUGAAAGUGCCGGAUUAGUAGUCUCUAUUGUUGAUCCACAACCUGGUGAGAACAUUAUUGAUUGUUGUGCUGCUCCAGGAGGGAAAACCUUGUUCAUGGCAUCCCGUUUGAAUGGCCAAGGUAAAUUAUUUGCUGUUGACAUAAAUGAAGGUCGAUUGCGGAUACUCAGAGAGACAGCCAAGUUGCACCAAGUUAUUGAUGUUAUCAGUACUAUCCAUUCUGAUCUUCGAACUUUUUCUACGGAUAAAGUCGUAGAAUGGGAUAAAGUUUUACUGGAUGCACCUUGUUCAGGGCUUGGUGUUCUUUCAAAGCGAGCAGAUUUGCGUUGGAAUAGGAGACUGGAAGACAUGGAGCAACUUAAACAUUUACAGGAUGAGCUUCUCGAUUCAGCUUCCAGGUUGGUGAAGCCAGGUGGAGUGCUAAUAUACAGCACAUGUUCCAUUGACCCUGAAGAGAAUGAGGAAAGAAUUGAAGCUUUUCUCUUAAGGCAUCCAGAAUUUUACAUUGAUCCUGUGAACAAAUAUGUACCUGAGAAUUUUGUUACUAACCGAGGUUUCUGUAUGUCUAAUCCUGUGAAGCAUGAACUUGAUGGAGCCUUUGCAGCUCGCCUGGUUAGGUCGCAAUAAAUCGAGAAUGAGGAGCAUGUUCCAGUUUUCACAAAUUUCUAGUAUGUCGUCAAAAAGCAUCUUUAGUACAAGGGGCUCUUUUUCACAGAUAACUUGCUUUUAUGCCUUUCCUUUCAGCAUGAGAGUCCAGACCGUCUCUUGUCACAGGACGGUCAUUCAAAGCCUUAUAUGCAACAAUUCAGUCUUCAGGUUUGAGAGUUGAAAGGCCAUCAUUAUACGGUACAGCAACCACUGAUACAAGUUAUAAGCAUACCGCAACAAGAUGAAAUAUCAUUUUAUAUGGCUGCAUUGUAGUGCCCAGUUUCUGAAAGAUGAGAUGCAGAGGCGGCAUGCUGUUUGGUCUCGUCCACGAGAAUCUGAGGUGUGAAACAUCUCAAAUGACUCCAAGGUGAGUUCUGAGGCUUUUUUAGAACCUCCCUUGUCUUUAUGGGUGUCUCUUCAAUUACAAACAGCGUGCCAUCUUUGAGUUCCUAUUAGCUCAGUUACACUAUGGAUACUCUAACAAAUGUACUAUGGCUAUCUCAUAACGGCUGGAUGGAUCGUUAUAGGUAUUUUAAUAAUUUAAACUUUUAAGUUUAGGGGUUCAUCCUUUUAAAGUAAUAUAAACUAGUCUCACAUCACGUACGUGUACAUUAAGUUAUGCCAUUUUGUAAAUAAUAUACCAUCUUAUUAAAAUA